UUUGUCUCCUUAAUUUUUUUGAUGGAGAGAGUAUUAGUGAACAAACUUAUGCACUGACCAACUUGAAAGUUGGACCAUUGCCACUAAAAAGAAUGGAUUCCCUAACCGACGUUAUUGUGAUAUGGUGAUGAAGUGCAUGGAAGUUGAAAAGCUAAUUUAGUUUGGGAAAAGGCCGUACAUGAAUUUGACCGCCUCACCACAGAGUUGUUUGGAUGAAAACCGUACAUGUAAGUUUGGUUUAUACUUUUUUCUGUUCUGAUCGUGCCUUUUGUCUAUGGAUGUUCUCGAUCAUGAAUUCCAUGUGUAUGGGUUAUGAAUCCUACUGAAAGAAGCUGCUGGUGUGGAGAUUAGUACUAGUCACUAGUUGAAAUUUGUCAGUAUGGUCAGGACAAAAACAGUUCAGGUGUUUGGGUUCCCUCAUCUUGUAACUGCAAGUGAUGCUAAGGUAUGCUUAGAGAGGUAUACAGGUGUAGGUUCUGUGUAUGCCAUAGAGGUAAAGAUGGCUAAAAAGGGAGGAAGAGCAUAUGCUAAAGUCCAAUUUGAUAAAGCCAGCAGUGCAGAAGGAAUUAUAGCUCUGGCCAGUCAAAAUGGAUUGCACUAUGGCUCGUCUUAUUUGAAGGCUUGGGAACUAGAUGCCUAUAUUGUGCAACCUAGAUCAUACAUCCAUAAGAUGGAGAACAUAACUCUAUGCUUUGGGUGCCAAAUAUCAGUAGAACGGUUUUACAAGUUAUGUAGAUUUGAAGAUGUUUCAAUAGAAUUUGGAUAUGGAUUGAAGAAGAUACGCUUCUAUCUAUCACAUCACUUUGUUCGAUACAAGCUUCAACUUUUAUAUGAUCACAUUUGGCAGAUUGUGCUGCAUAGAUCCCCCGCCCAAAACAUUAAAUAUCUUGUCAUACAGUUAGUUGCUGCUCCACGGAUCUACAAGAAAAUAGAAGAAGACACCAUCUAUAGCUUCUUUCAGGAAACUCCAGAUGAUCAGUGAGUGAGGACUACAGAUUUCACACAAAGUUUGAUUGGAGAAUCUUCUGGCUUGUGUCUGGAGCUUCCUAGAGGCGUCAAAUUACCAGAUUUCCGUAAUAAUUUUGUCUUCUACAAUGAAACUGAAAGUCAAUUUAUUCUAGAGCCCGGUUCACGGUUUUCUAGAAAUUUGCAUCUAGUCCCAAUCAUUCAUCCUCCACGAGGAAGUGAAUUGCCAUUCGACUUAGUGUUUAAGAUUAGCAGCUUGGUGCAACAUGGAUGCCUUCCCGGUCCCGUACUGAAUGACAGAUUCUUCCGCUUAGUUGAUCCAAGAUUGGUAAACAUUGAUUGCAUUGAAAAUGCCUUGGAGAAAUUGCUCUAUAUGAAGGAAUGCUGUUAUGAUCCUGUGAUGUGGCUGACUGAUGCAUACCGUAAUUUCAAGCAUCCUCCAAAAUCCGCUUCUAUAAAUCUCGAUGAUGGAUUGGUUUAUGUAAGGAGGGUCCUAGUGACUCCAACAAAGGUUUAUUUUUAUGGGCCCGAGGUAAACCAAUCGAACCGUGUGUUGCGCCAUUACAUUAAUGACAUUGAAAAUUUCCUCCGUGUAUCUUUUGUUGAUGAGGAGUGUGAUAAAAUCCAAUCCAUAGAUUUAUCUCAAAGGGGAAUUGGGAAGACAGACAUUUAUAGCAGGAUACUUUUGACACUAAAAAAUGGCAUUGUUAUUGGUGAUAAAAGGUUUGAAUUUCUCGCGUUCUCAUCAAGUCAGUUAAGAGAGAGUUCUGUUUGGAUGUUUGCAUCAAGAGUUGGACUUACAGCUACUGAUAUAAGAGAAUGGAUGGGCAACUUCAAAAAGAUAAAAAAUGUUGCAAAGUAUGCUGCAAGACUUGGUCAAUCCUUUGGUUCUUCUAGAGAAGCUGAAAGUGUUCACCGGAAUGAAAUUGAAAUUGUUCCUGACAUAAUAAAGAUUACUAAACAAGGGACUGAAUAUAACUUCUCUGACGGGAUUGGAAAAAUAUCUUCAGAUUUUGCCGAAAAAGUCGCCAUAGAAUGUGGCCUGGAAAAGUUAGCCCCGUCUGCUUAUCAAAUCCGCUAUGGUGGAUUUAAGGGAGUCGUUGCUGUUGAUCCUUCUUCGUCAAAGAAGUUGUCUUUAAGAAAAAGCAUGUUGAAAUAUGAAUCAAAUAAUGUAAAACUUGAUGUGUUGGCAUGGAGCAAAUAUCAACCUUGUUAUCUAAACCGCCAAUUGGUGACACUCUUGUCAACUCUUGGUAUCAAAGAUGCGGUCUUUGAGUUGAAGCAAAAAGAAGCAGUUUCUCAACUGAAUGAAAUCCUCACCAAUCCUGCAAAGGCAGCCGAGGCUCUUGAGUUAAUGGCUCCUGGAGAAAACACUAACAUCAUUAAAGAGAUGCUUAUGUGUGGCUACAAGCCUGAUGCCGAACCUUUCCUUUCGAUGACUUUACAAACAUUCAGGGCAUUUAAGUUGCAAGAUAUAAGGACCAAGGCACGUAUAUUCAUACCCAGUGCCAGAUCGAUGAUGGGUUGUCUAGAUGAGACCAGAACAUUGGAAUAUGGUGAAGUAUUUGUUCAGUAUUCAGGUGCUGGAUGGAGACAGUCUCUUGUUGAUUCUCUACAUUACAAUGAAACCAGAGAUUGUAAAUACAUUGUCACAGGAAAGGUAGUCGUUGCAAAGAACCCGUGCUUACAUCCUGGUGAUGUUCGUGUUUUGAGAGCUGUUAACGUGCCUGCUUUGCACCAUAUGGUGGACUGUGUCGUUUUCCCCCAAAAAGGGCAGAGGCCGCAUCCAAAUGAAUGUUCUGGAAGCGACUUGGAUGGAGAUAUUUACUUUGUGUGUUGGGACCAAGAUCUCAUUCCGAAGGAAAUGAAACCAGCGAUGGAUUACACCCCUGCUCCAAGCAUGGCAUUGGACCAUGAUGUUACAAUUGAGGUACAACAUACUAUCGGUCACCCAAAACCAUUGUUCCUUGUGCUAGACUUAGUUGCAUUUUCAAUGCAUAGUUUACAAUUUAUAGUAAUAAUUUUCCGGUAUUUAUGCCUUCGUCUUCCUCUUGCGUCUGUUAUGCAUCACAUUUGAUGCCACACAUCCAGCAUUUAAGUUUAUCAGUAUGUUUUCACUUGAAAGAAAUCGUUCUGCAGGAAGUUCAGAAGUAUUUUGCAGACUACAUUGUGAAUGACAGUUUAGGCAUUAUUUCAAAUGCGCAUGUUGUGUUUGCGGACAAAGAAGAUAAGAUGGCAAUGAGUGAACCGUGUCUUGAACUUGCAAAGCUCUUCUCUAUUGCAGUCGACUUUUGUGAGUUGGUAUUGGUCCACCUCUGUUGUACUUGGCUCGCCUCAUUAAUAUGUUGGUCUCCUAAUUAAUGAGUCUGGCCCAACUCCUUUGCCUACCCGACCAAGCCCAUUCGUCUCCCCUUGUCUUUAUCCAGCCCAUGACUCAUUGUGGCCCUUCUCUUAUAUUGUCCCGUUCCUUCUGGAAUUUCCUAUUUGUGCGACCCUUCCCUCUCUCUUAGCGAUGAGAAGCCUAGACUGUUACCCUAGUUCUAGAGUGAGAGAGUGCCGGUUGAACUGUAGGCUUAGCUCCGGCUAUCCUCCGGUGAGACCCUUGGGGUUCCCUUCUGUGGGCUUCACUCUGAGCUGGUAUUUGGGGGUUCUUCUCCGGUGGGUUCUCUGGGGUCUGGUCUGGGGGGUUUUGGGCUCCAAAACUGAGUGUUUGAGACUGUUGCCCUUUCGGUUUCCCUUGUUGACUCCUUGGUGGUGAAUGGUGAGCUAGCCCUUGGGGCUAUGGUGAUUGAGGUCUGAGCCGGUCCAGUAACUCUACAGUGGUAUCAGAGCUGGAAGCUGCCUCUUCUCACCAACGCUGGAGACUCGCCGGAAGCACUUCCCACACCUGGUAACGCCUCAGCUUCCCCUCGCGAUUGGUAAGUCGGGUUGUCUGAUCUAGACACUCGCUCAGGUAUAACCUCUAAAUCCCUAUCUUGGGCUACCGGAGUGCCACCGGCAUCUAUGCUGCAUGGGUAGAUCUUAAACCCUAGGUUUUGGAUCUUCCGGUUAGAAACCCUAGAUUUUCCGUUGCAUGUGCAGAUUCGGUAUAGACCAAUCUGCAGAAACCCUAGGUCUGUUGAACUCGUGCAUGGGUGGUGUCAAUCUGUGUCGAACUUGACCCACCAUUCUCUGUGUGAUUGCCUGAGCACCUUUGUGGUUAUUACUUGUUUUGGGCCUCUACUGUUUGUGACUCUCAUCUGUUUCCAGUUCACUUUUUUACCUGUGUUAUUGGUUUCUGACCCAUUGUAAUACUGUGACUGUAAAACUCUAGUGGGCUAAGGCACUUGAGGUUAGGGCUAGGGGAUUCCCUGCCAGCCACCUCAGUGGCCCCGGAUCUGCGUGGUCCCUUAGUCCGCAGCCUAACCCCCUAGGGCUCAGUCUCCGCAUUACAGUUGUCUCAUUAACUGUGUAGGUUUGUUGUUUACCAUGACUUCCAACAUGUAUGGUAUGCUUCCCUUUAAUGGUAAAUCUGACUUUGAUAUUUGGAAACAAAAGAUAAAAUGUGUCCUUAUCCAACAAAAGGUGUAUAGAGCUGUCACUGGUCAGUUUUUAGAAUCUGAGGAUAAGUCUAAACAAACUGAGAUGAAUGAAACUGCCUGUUCCACCAUAUAUCUAAACUUGUCUGACUCUGUCCUUAGAAAAGUAGGAAUCCUUGAGUCUGCCAAAGCCCUCUGGGAUAAACUUGAGUCCACUUACACUGAUACUUCUCUUCCUGGUAAACUGUUUUUAUUGGAAAAAUUUUUUAGGUUCAGACUUGACCUAAGUAAAGACAUUGAAGAAAACCUAGAUGUUUUUCAAAAACUGAUCCAGAACAUAAAACAAGCUGGGGAUAAACAUAUUGAUGAUUAUACCCCUAUUGUACUUCUUAAUGCCAUUCCUGAUUCCUAUAAUGAUGUUAAGUCAGCCAUUAAAUAUGGGAGGGAUGAUAUAACCCUUGAUAUUGUAAUUAAUGGCCUAAAAAGCAAAGAGCUUGACUUAAGACACUCUAGGGGUCACAAUAAUCACUCUAAGGACUCUGGUGAAGCCUUUUUUGUUAGGGGCAGAUCCAAGAGUAGGUCUAGGUACCCUAGAAAAGAAAAUCAGGACAAGAACAGUAGACAGCCAGGUAAGAAAAGGUAUAAGUCCAAGAAAAGAGUUUGUUACAACUGUGGUAACCCAGGUCAUUUUAUAAAAGAUUGUACCCAACCUAAAAGAAAUGAACAGGCCAACUCUGUAACCAAUAAAGAAAUGAGUGAUGAAGUGUUCAUGGUCUGUGACCAAGCCAACUCUAUCCUAAGCAACCUAACUGAAUUUGAAUGGUUAAUUGAUUCAGGGUGUACCUACCACAUGACUCCUUUUAGAAAUAUGUUUACUUCUUAUAGUACCUGUGAGUCUGGUCAUGUGUCCUUAGCUGACAAUAAGAAGUGCAAGGUUCAUGGUAUGGGUGACAUAAGUCUUAAAUUUGAGAAUGGAACUGUCUUCAAAUUGAAAAAUGUUAGGCAUGUCCCUGAUCUUAGGCACAAUCUACUUUCUGUUUCUGCUUUUGAAGAGUGUGGUCUUGAGGGAAAAUGGGGGAAUGGGUGCAUGAAAAUCCUGAAAAACUCUUUGGUUUUGUUCAAAGCUUUAAAAGAAAAUAGCCUAUAUGUGGUUCAUGCUAAACCAUUUUCUGAACAUGCUAAUACUGUACUCUCUGACAAGUCUGUGCUCUGGCACCAAAGGCUUGGACAUAUGAGUAAUAAAGGAUUAAAUGUUUUGCAAAAAUCAGGCUGUUUUGGAAAUGACUUGGUGUCACCUAUACCAUUCUGUGAAGGUUGUGUCUUAGGUAAACAACAUAGGGUCCAGUUUCCUACCUCUAGCUAUCCUAAUGAGCCUAAGUCUAAAGCUGUUCUCGACUACAUACAUGCAGAUGUGUGGGGUCCUUCCAGUGUCCCUACCCAUGGGGGUAGGAGGUAUUUUCUGUCCAUAAUUGAUGAUUUCUCUAGAAAAGUUUGGGUCUGCUUGUUAGAACAUAAAUCUGAGGUGUAUGUCAAGUUUAAAGAAUGGAAAAUUAUGGUAGAAAAUCAAACUGGAUGUAAGGUUAAAACCCUUAGAACAGACAAUGGAUUAGAAUUCUGCAAUAAGGACAUGGAUAGGUUGUGUACCGAGUGUGGGAUUAGGAGACACAAAACUGUGCCCUAUACUCCCCAACAAAAUGGUUUGGCUGAGAGAAUGAAUAGGACCCUCCUUGACAAAGUCAGAAGUAUGCUUGCUACUUCUGGUCUCCCCAAGAAGUUUUGGGGAGAAGCUGUUAAUACAGCCACCUACUUGAUCAAUAGGUCUCCUUCUGUACCCUUAGAUGGUAAAUGCCCUGAGUUUGUCUUCUCUAAGACACCCCUUGACCUGUCUAACUUAAAGGUGUUUGGGUGUGCUGCCUAUGUACAUCAACAGACUGACAAGUUGGAACCUAGAUCUAAAAAGUGUAUUUUCUUAGGUUACCCUGAAGGGGUAAAAGGGUAUAGGAUCUGGGAUAGGAGUCAGAUUGGUUUUAAGAUCAUAAUAAGUAGAAAUGUUGUGUUCAAUGAAUUUGAUUUCCCCUGCUUAGUGAAAAAUGUGACUGAACCUGAUCUGAGCCCUGAAGGCACCACUCCCAGUGAGGUGGAGCCUACUCAGACUACCUCUAACCCUCUGGUUAAUGAAUCUGGAUCACCUGAUGCUACUGACCUGACCAACACUAUGCUUGACACCCCCUCUACCUACAGUGAGGUGGAGCAGCCUACUGAGUCUAACAACAAUAAUGAAAAUGUGCAUGAUGAAUUUGCAGGUGAUAACUCUACUGAUAACAAUGAUUUUCAUGAAACUUAUUCUGAAAAUUUGAACCUUGAAAAUUAUCAGUUAGCUAGAGACAGAACUAGGAGAAACAUAAGGAAAAUUUCUGAUAGUAUGACUGAUUAUGCUUUUCAUCUGUAUGAUACUUCCUUGUUUGCUUUCUCUGUGUUUGAAACUCUUGAUUUAAAUGAACCUAGAACCUACCAGGAAGCCCUUGCAUCUAGAGAAUCUAAAAACUGGCUUAGUGCUAUGCAAAGUGAAAUAGAUUCCCUUAAGUUGAAUAAGACUUGGACCCUAGUUCCUAGGACUCCUAACUGUUCUGUUGUUGAGUGCAAAUGGCUUUUCAAAGUUAAAGAGGAGCCUAAUAAUAUUAGGUUUAAGGCUAGGUUAGUUGCCAAAGGUUUCACUCAAAAGGAAGGGAUAGAUUAUGCUGAAAUUUUUGCCCCUGUAGUAAAAUUUACUACAAUUAGGAUGAUGCUUGCUUUAGUUGCCCAUAAUGACUGGGAAAUGAAGCAGAUGGAUGUUACCACUGCCUUCCUACAUGGAGAAUUGGAUAAGCAGAUUUGUAUGACCCAACCUGAGGGUUUUGUUGACCCUAAGUACCCUAGGCAUGUUUGUCUUCUUAAGAAGGCUCUCUAUGGCCUUAAACAGUCUCCUAGGCAGUGGAACAUUAAGUUUGACCAAUGCAUGUCCUCCCUAAGGUUCAAAAGGUCCGAUUCUGAUCCUUGCUUGUAUUUUAAGGAUGCUGACUCUGUACUUGUUUUCUUGUUGAUCUAUGUGGAUGAUAUGCUUAUUAUCAGCCCCUCUGUGAAUGCCAUUAAGAAUGUUCAACAGUGUCUUUGUGAAAACUUUGCUAUGAAGGACUUAGGAGAUGCUAAGAGAAUCCUAGGGAUUAAUAUCAUUAGGGAUAGGAGUAGGUGUACCCUUACCCUUAACCAGACCUCCUACCUUGAUAAAGUCCUUAAGAAGUUCAACAUGAAUUAUGCCCUGCCUGUCAAUGUGCCCUUAGCUUCUCAUUUUGCUCUAAGUAAGGAUCAGUCUCCUAAGACUGGCCCUGAAAUUGAUAGGAUGAAGUCUGUACCCUAUUCCAAUGCAAUAGGGUCGGUUAUGUAUCUCAUGGUAAGCACCAGGCCUGAUAUUGCCUAUGCAGUCAGCUGCUUAAGUAGAUAUAUGGCCAACCCUGGGAUGCCUCAUUGGAAUGCCCUGAAAUGGUUGCUUAGAUACCUUAAGGGUACCAUUUCUCAUGGGCUUGUGUUUUCUAAGUCUAAUUCUGAAAUAUGCCUUACUGGUUAUGUUGAUUCCAAUUAUGCAAAUGAUAGGGAUAAUAGGAAGUCUACUACUUCUUAUAUUUUUACUUUGUGUGGUUCAUGCAUAAGUUGGAAAUCUCAACUUCAGCCUAUUGUUGCACUUUCUACUACUGAAUCUGAAUACGUUGCAGCAACUGAGGCCUUUAAAGAGGCUAUCUGGCUGAAACGUAUUCUAUCUGAAAUUGGUUUUCUUAGACAGGUUGUAACUGUGUACUCUGAUAGCCAGUCUGCUAUACAACUGUGCAAAAACCCAGUAUUUCAUGACAGGACCAAGCACAUUGAUGUUAGGUUCCACUUCAUCAGGGACAUUGUCGAUAAAGGAGGGAUUAAGCUAUGCAAAAUAGCUUCUGAAUUCAACCCUGCUGAUAUGGGGACUAAAUGUCUCACUUUUGAAAAACUGUUUUCUUGUAAACGUAUUCUUAAUUUAGAUUGUGGCUGAUAAGAACAGAUUAAAACAAGAAAAACCGGCAAUGAUGAUACUCCCAUUCACAUUUUGCUCUACACCACCAUGGGGACCAAUAAGGUGGAGAUUGUGAGUUGGUAUUGGUCCACCUCUGUUGUACUUGGCUCGCCUCAUUAAUAUGUUGGUCUCCUAAUUAAUGAGUCUGGCCCAACUCCUUUGCCUACCCGACCAAGCCCAUUCGUCUCCCCUUGUCUUUAUCCAGCCCAUGACUCAUUGUGGCCCUUCUCUUAUAUUGUCCCGUUCCUUCUGGAAUUUCCUAUUUGUGCGACCCUUCCCUCUCUCUUAGCGAUGAGAAGCCUAGACUGUUACCCUAGUUCUAGAGUGAGAGAGUGCCGGUUGAACUGUAGGCUUAGCUCCGGCUAUCCUCCGGUGAGACCCUUGGGGUUCCCUUCUGUGGGCUUCACUCUGAGCUGGUAUUUGGGGGUUCUUCUCCGGUGGGUUCUCUGGGGUCUGGUCUGGGGGGUUUUGGGCUCCAAAACUGAGUGUUUGAGACUGUUGCCCUUUCGGUUUCCCUUGUUGACUCCUUGGUGGUGAAUGGUGAGCUAGCCCUUGGGGCUAUGGUGAUUGAGGUCUGAGCCGGUCCAGUAACUCUACAACUUUCCCAAGACAGGUGUUCCUGCUGAGAUACCUUACCAUCUGCGUGUCAAAGAAUAUCCCGACUUCAUGGAAAAGCCCGCUGAAAAGACAACUUAUGUUUCGUCAAGAGUGAUAGGAAAGCUAUUUAGGGAGGUCAAAGAUAUCACUCCACUGCUCAGCUCUAUUACAUCCUUUACAAUAGAAGUUGCGAGAAAAUCAUAUGAUCCUGACUUGGAAGUGGACGGGUUCGAAGACUUCAUUGAAGAAGCUUUUAAUUGUAAAACUCGUUAUGACUUGAAGCUGGGCAAUCUAAUGGACUAUUAUGGAAUAAAAACUGAGGCAGAAGUGCUGAGCGGUGCCGUCAUAAAGACUUCAAAAUUGUUUGAUCGCAGAAGGGAUGCAGAUGCGGUUAGUGUGGCUGUGAGGGCCUUGAAGAAGGAGGCAAGGUCAUGGUUCAAGAAAGGAAGUGAGUCGGCCGAGGACUUGUUGGCCAAGGCAUCAGCUUGGUACCAUGUCACUUAUCACCAUACAUAUUGGGGUAACUACAAUGAGGAUAUGAACCGAGCCCACUUCAUCAGUUUCCCAUGGUGUGUCUAUGACAAACUUAUUCAGAUCAAGAGGACCAAAACAGGAAAUAGGGCUCUCCGUUUGACAUCGACUGAACAUCAAAGAAAUAAUGUGUAUGAUCCAUCUCACGUAUUAGAUAAACCACAUGUGGAGAUAUGUGAGAAUGUGAAUUAUGCGGUGCAACCGGUGAAGAUACUAGAUAGACAAGUAAAGAAUUUGAGAAGUAAAGAAGUUCCAAUGGUUAAAAUCCUUUGGAAGACUGAUCGGGUCGAAAAAGAGACUUGGGAAACUGAAGCUUUGAUGAGGAAGCAGUACGCAUUUCUAUUUGGGUAGGGUUGAAAAUCCUGUUCAGUGGGUGAACUUUUGACACCGCCCCCGGAUGUACUCGAAUUUUCUAUUCUUGGUUUAAUUAAUGUGUUUGAAAUUUCUAUUGUUGAUCAAUUGUAAGUCGAUUAAAGAUUUAAAUAAUAAAUUAUUAAUUAAAUUGCUUACUGGGCCCAGAAUAUUGGGAUGAACUACCUCAUAUAUAUUUGGGCCAUCUUA